AUGUCCAACCCAGCCUCGACGCUUGCGCCGUCUCCUGCCGCCGCUCCACGCUUGUCCAACGAACGCUCCAAGGAAGAACUCGAACUCGCCGAAAGAUUGAUCGAGCACUCACAAGGCAUCCAACAUGGUCCUGCGAUAGCCGAUCGUCGCACCACUCCCUCGACAGCAGACGGCGGAAGCAGAACCGGCGGCGAUGUCGAGCGCUUGUCCGAUGAUGGCGGCAGCGAGACGAGUCUUUCGGCGCAACAACAACAGCUCACUCCACAACACUCAAAUCACCAGCAACAACAAAACCUCCAGUUGCCAUCUAUCCACGAACUCACAUGGGUUAAACAGAGGAAACCAUUCAACACAGGCAUGGGAGGAGCAGGCCAAGUGUGCAGCAAUUGCGGUACAACAAGAACACCACUAUGGCGACGUUCCCCAGCUGGUGAUACGAUAUGCAACGCUUGCGGUCUCUAUCUCAAGGCCCGAAAUCAGAUGCGCCCCGUCAACCUAAAACGUGGAGCUCAGGCAUCUCCAGCAGGUCAACAACAACAGCAGCCAGAACAACAGACGACAGCCUCAGGCAACAGAAAGAGUUCGUCGCCAACAACAACGACUAAGCAACUUGGAGGAGCAACAUAUGUCACUGACACGACGUCGAACGGCACAUGUCCUGGCGGAGGUCGCUGUAAUGGAACCGGAGGUCACGAUGGAUGCAAUGGUUGCCCGGCAUACAACAAUCGAGUCAGUAAGACGGCGCAGAUUGCUCUGGCACAAGCAAACGACGGCCGAGCACAAGGUCAACAUGGCGCCAGUCAGAGCCCGUACCCACAUACGCAGAACAGCCCCGGACCAAGUCAAGCGCCGGCGGCCAAUGUCACGGUGGCCUGCCAGAAUUGUGGUACGACAAUUACGCCAUUGUGGAGACGCGACGACAACGGACACACAAUCUGCAAUGCUUGCGGUAUGUUUGCGACACCUUCUUAUCUUAUCUUGAUCAGUUCUGAUUUUGAUCUC